AUGCCCAUCGUGGACAAGCUGAAGGAAGCCCUCAAGCCUGGCCGCAGGGACUCGGCUGACGAUGGGGAACUGGGGAAGCUUCUGGCCGCCUCUGCCAAGAAGGUCCUUCUGCAGAAGCUGGAGUUCGAGCCGGCCAGCAAGAGUUUCUCCUACCAACUGGAGUCACUGAAGAGCAAAUACGUGCUGCUGAACCCCAGGACGGAGGGAGCUGGGUGCCACCGGAGCGGAGAUGAACCGCCGGCCCGGAGACAGGGCAGCGAGCAUGCCUACGAGAGCUGCAGCGACGGGGUCCCCGCGCCCCAGAAGGUGCUCUUCCCGGUGGAGCGGCUGUCGCUGCGCUGGGGGCGCGUGUACCGCGUGGGCGCGGGCCUGCACAACCUUGGCAAUACCUGCUUCCUGAACUCCACCGUGCAGUGCUUGACCUACACGCCACCCUUGGCCAACUACCUGCUCUCCAAGGAGCACACGCGGGGCUGUCACCAGGGCAGCUUCUGCAUGCUGUGCGUCAUGCAGAACCACAUCAUCCAGGCCUUUGCCAACAGCGGCAACGCCAUCAAGCCCGUGUCCUUCAUCCGGGACCUGCGAAAGAUCGCCCGGCACUUCCGCUUUGGGAACCAGGAGGACGCACACGAGUUUCUGCGGUACACCAUUGAUGCCAUGCAGAAGGCCUGCCUGAGCGGCUGUGCCAAGUUGGAUCGUCAAACGCAGGCUACAACCCUGGUCCAUCAGAUUUUUGGAGGCUACCUCCGAUCUCGGGUGAAGUGCUCCAUGUGCAAGAGCGUCUCAGACACCUACGACCCCUACUUGGAUGUGGCGCUGGAAAUCCGGCAAGCUGCAAACAUCGUGCGUGCUCUGGAACUUUUUGUGAAACCAGAUGUCCUGAGCGGAGAGAAUGCCUAUAUGUGUGCAAAAUGCAAAAAGAAGGUUCCAGCCAGCAAGCGGUUCACCAUCCACCGGACGUCCAACGUCCUGACACUCUCGCUCAAGCGCUUUGCCAAUUUCAGUGGGGGGAAGAUCACCAAGGAUGUGGGCUACCCAGAGUUCCUGAACAUCCGCCCGUACAUGUCCCAGAGCAGUGGUGAGCCUGUCAUGUACGGGCUGUAUGCGGUCCUCGUCCACUCGGGCUACAGCUGCCACGCCGGCCACUACUACUGCUACGUGAAGGCAAGCAACGGACAGUGGUACCAGAUGAAUGACUCCUUGGUCCACGCCAGUAACAUCAAGGUGGUUCUGAACCAGCAGGCCUACGUCCUCUUCUACCUGCGGAUUCCAGGCUCUAAGAAGAGUCCCGAGGGCUCCAUCUCCAGGACGGCCUCCUCCCUUGCCAGCCGCCCCGGCGUGGUUCCGGACCCUGCCCGGAAGAAUGUCAGCAAUGGGACCGCAGCCUCCCCAGUGACCGGAAAGAGACCAGACCCUGCGACGAUGAAAAAGCCACAGACCCCCGAAGAACUUGGGGUGCCCAUUGCCAGGAACGGCUCCGUGUUGGGUCUGAAGUCUCCUAAUGGAUAUGCUCUUCCCAAGUCCCCGCUGGGGUCCCCUUCCCCCAGACUCUUCAAGACGCCCACCCACGCGCCAGCCGUUCUGGAUGAGCCUGGAAAGAAAGUCAAGAAACCGGCCUCCCUGCAGCACUUCUCCCCUCCACCCAGCGCCAGUGCGCCGGGAGGCAGCAGGAGCGAGGGUCGCAGGCCAGGCUCCUGGGACGGCCGGGCCGCUGUCUCUACCUCACCCCGGGCCCCAGCUGCAGGGACGCCCAGUGGGCUUGGGCUCCAGGCGGGUGACGAGGGCCCCACUCCUAAGGUGGGGGGCUCCAGCCCUGAACACCCCACCAGCAGGCCCCCCCAGGCCCCCCGGAGCAGAGCCGCCCCCCUUGGAGAUUCUCAGGGAACCCACUCCACCACUGCCGGCCCUGCCAAGGUGCUGCCGGCCCGACAGGACCCCGAGCCGGAGAAGGCCAAGUGCCCCGUCCCAAGCGGCACCAGCCCUGAGCCAGCCAACGCCAUGUCUCCUCCUCCGGCCAAAAAGCUGGCCCUCUCUGCCAAGAAGGCCAGCACCCUGCGGAGGGCAACCGGCAAUGACCUCCGUCCACCUGCCCUCUCUCCAUCCUCUGACCUCACCUACCCCCGGAAACCCACUCACCCCGUCGCCACCACCACCUGGCCUGUCAGUGCAAUGCGGGCUGUCUCACCUGCUCCCAGACCCUCCAGCCAUCUGAAGCCCCCCUUCGACCCCCGUCCCCCAUCACUGUCCAGCAGCCCCCAACCUCUCGGGACAUCAGACCCACAGAGCUGCUCGCCCGCCUCUGCACCCCUGCCUCAGGUCAAUGGGGCCUUCCGGGCCCCCCCAUACCAGCUGCCAGAGGCCAGCGAGCCCCCCCAGAGCCUUGGUAAGAAGAGGAAGAAGACUCGCGUGGAAGGGGGCUGUGUCUCAGAAACCUGCAUGGCCGUGGUGGCCCCGCCUGGGAAGAGGAGGAAGAGGAAGAGGAAGCACACGGGGGACGUGAAUGCCACACCACCGCAGGACGAGCGGACACCGGGGCCGCCCUGGAGCCCUGAACGCAGGAAAGAAGGCCGGGCGGAGCCAUUGGUGGACAGAACGGAGGAAGAGGGCAGACACCAGGCAGGGAGCAGCCAGCGCCUGGAGAACGGCUGGCCCAUGGGAUGCAUGACCGACGGCCCCUACGUGAGCAGCAGGAAGAGGAGGAGAAAGGGACUGGAGAGCUGUGACGGAGGAGACUGCCUCCCCGGGGACCCAUCUUGGCACGGGAGCUGUGUGCCCUCGGACGUCGUCCAGCCAGAGACCAUUGCAACAUCACUGAGGAAAAAGAAAAAGAAAAAAAAGAAGCAAGAGCCACGACAGGAAGUAGAAGAGAAGGAGCCUGAGGGCCAGAGGGGCCAGUCUGUUCCUGGGAGCACGCCCCUGCCAGCUGUGAAUGGCCAGGCUCCCGGGGGCCCCACAGGGCUGAGACCGGCUCCACUUGCAUCCUGGGACAGAGAGAGAGAAUCCGAUGUGGUCCAAGAAUUGCUAAAAUAUUCAUCUGAUAAAGCUUAUGGGAGAAGAGUUUUGACGUGGGACGGCGAGGUGUCGGCCAUCAGUCAGGACGCCAUCCAGGACAGCAGGCUGGCCCGCACGGCCAGGGUCAUUGACGACUGGGACGAAGAGUUCGACCGAGGGAAGGAGAAGAAAGUGAAAAAGUUCAAGAGAGAGAAGAAGAGAAACUUCAACGCCUUCCAGAAACUUCAGAGUAGACGGAAUUUUUGGUCUGUGACUCAUCCAGCUAAGGCUUCCAGUCUGAGCUAUCGCCGCUGA